AUUAGAUCAAAUAUCACAUCAGAAAUUGAACUUGAAAAUUAUGGAGCAAAUCAGCUUCCACUCAAACCCUUUCCUUCUAAGUCUUCUUGCAUUGUUCCCAGUUAUCUUGUUCGCAGUUAUCAAAAAUAAGAUCAAAUCCAAAAAGCGAAAGCUUCCUCCAUCCCCCACAAAGCUUCCCAUUAUUGGAAACCUUCACCAGAUAGGUAACUUACCCCACAAAUCACUCCACGACCUGUCCCUCAAGCAUGGCCCGUUCAUGUUUGUGAACCUAGGAACCACACCAUGCCUCGUGGUCUCGUCCGCUGAUGCUCUCGAAGAGAUGACCAAAAACCACGAUAUCACAUUCUCUAAUCGACACACCAACACUGGCAUUUCUCCUCUAACGGGGAAUGGUCAAGAUUUGCUGUUUAAUACACAUGGAGAUCAGUGGAAGCAAAUAAGAAAGAUCAGUGUUCUUCAUCUGAUGAGCAAGAACGUAGUUAAUCGGUUUCAAACGGUUAGAGAUGAAGAGAUCUCGAGUAUAUUGGAGACCAUUAAUCUUUCGAGCAAAAAAGGCGAGGAGAUCGAUAUGUCGUAUAUGUUUAACACCAUGCUUACCAAUGUCUUCCAUAGGUCAUACACGGGCAGCUAUCAAAGGGGAGAGAUGAGAGGGCUCGAGAGUGCUACAAGGAACUUUUUGAGUUGCGAUGGCAAAUUGAAGAAGCUCUUGGGAUCUUUCUGCUUCGAGGAUUUCCUUCCAAGCUUAGCAUUGUUGGAUCGAUUUACGGGUUUUACAACCCUCAAAAAGACUACGUACUCCGAGAUGGACGAUGUUAUGGAGAGUCUUAUCAAUGAAAGAAAGAAGGAGAGCUUCGUGGAUGUUCUUCUUCAUCAACGAGAUAACGCUAAACUCGACUAUGACGUCAAAGCAAUCAUGCAGGGUAUACUUAUCGCGGCUGUAGACUCCACAGGCUUGGAGCUAGAUUGGUUACUGGCCGACCUCAUCAAGCACCCCCAAGUUAUGAGGAAAGCACAAGAUGAGGUACAACGAGUAGUUGGGACCAAAUCAAAGAUAAGCAGUAAUGAAAUAGAUCAAAUGCAUUAUUUGAAAUGUGUCAUUAAGGAGACGCUGAGGAUGCACCCUCCAGGGAUAAUUCCACGACAGACAUCAUCCGAGUGGAUCAAAGUAGGUGGUUAUGAUAUACCUCCAAAAACCAUAAUAUUAGUGAAUCUCUUUUCGGUCCAACGAGAUGCUAAAUAUUGGGAGAACCCUCACGAUUACAUCCCUGAAAGAUUCCUAGAAAAGAACAUUGAAUUCAUGGGGAACAAAGAGUACGUUCCAUAUGGAUUUGGUCGUAGGAACUGCCCUGGUAUGGCUUAUGGUAACACGUUACUCGAAGAGGUUAUGGCGAAUCUUUUGUAUCACUUUGAUUGGAAGAUGCCUGAUGAUUCUAAACCGGAAGAGCUUAACAUGGAGGAGGUAUCUCAGUUUCUUGUCGCAAGGAAAUACCCCCUCAAGCUGAUUCCUGUUCAAAGGUUUAAGAGCAGCAGCAAUGGUGAUAUUAUGUUGGCUCUAUAACCUAGAUAUUUUUAUAUUAUUUUAUUAUUAUUUUUUUCAAUUUAAAAAAAAAAAAGGAAACAGCCAAUCACAGACUCUGAAACCUGUGCACAGUAACGUUACUCCCAGAAGAUUGAUCCUUAGUGAAGAGGUAGAAGAGGUUUUGUUGGCACUAGAACCAAAAAACAUGGGACCUACAGCAUUUUAUACUAAUUUAUUUUUAGCUAAGGAUUCGUUUGUUUUCACCGUUGCAGGUGGUCUAAGAGCAACGCAUAGGGUUGGAUCCUUACCCUAUAUUGAGUAUGAUAUGGGGCCAAGGCAUUUGGUUUUCCAAUUAUUCUCAUUUUCAGUUUUUUUUUUCGUGCAACCAAAUAAUACAUUAAAUUUAAAGUGAGUUUGAGACCCAAAAUGUAUGUUUUAUAUAUAAAAGCUACUUAUAUGUAAGAAAUAUAUCUGCAAUGUCAUC